GCUGGUGACUCAGGAGGCCCAGCUGUUGCAGCUGCAAGCGUCAGGAUUGGCAGCCCGGGGAAGGCAGAGCACCUUCGAUACCGACAUGCCGGGCCCAAGCCAUCCACCGGCCCCAAGGGCCGGCCUGGUAGACACCAGGCAACUCGGGAAGCCCGAGGUUUUCAAAGGGUCCACGGAGGAAAGCUUCAGUGACUGGUCGUUCAUCUUUGAGUCUUACCUUAGCUGCAUCGACUCGAGGUACAUUGACCUGCUGGAGCAAGCAAAGUUUUCCAAGAAGAGCUUCCCAAACAGGGCUCUUUCGGAUGUGGACCGGGACCUUUCUUGCCAACUCUAUUAUAUCUUGGUGAUGCUCCUGCGCGGUAGGCCGCUUGACAUCACUUACAACACGGGCCUCGGAGAAGGUCUUGAAUCCUACCGGCGCAUCUUUGAGGAGUUCCACCCGAGGGUUGCGUCACGCUAUGUGGGCACUCUCACAACGUUGCUUUCAAGCAAGUUUGGUGAUGAUGUUGAGGGGGACUUAGCGGCUUUCGAAAAGAGCGUUCGGAGGUAUGAACAGGAGAGCGGCAAAACACUGGAUGAGGAGAUGCUUUUGGGCAUUGUGGUGAAUGGGCUAAAGGACAGCAGCCUGCAAAGCCACAUCAUCCGGAACUCAAGCCGGCUCAAAUCCUUUACGGAUGUGAAGGCGGAACUUUUGGAGAUUUCGAGGACCAACCGCGUCCUGCAGAAUCUCCCGCAGCCAAUGGACCUUGGAGCUGCACCGUGGAAAAAGGGCAAAGAGAAGGGUGGCGGGAAGAACCGCACACCUCAUGCGGCUAGCCCCGCUGAGGGCGAGGAGGAACCAGAGCCCAUGUCUGCAUCGCCUCAGGAGCCGGACCUUUGCUUUGGUGUGGUGGCGGCAACGCCCAGCACCGAGGCCAGUGAGACCGAGGUUCUUGUAGAUACGGGGCUUAGGAGCCAGCUCGAAACCAGUGCUGGGACCUUUUCGGUAGAGUACGCCGAGUCUGAAAAGGUUAGGUUUUCGGUGCUUUCUGCUGGCCAAGCGGCCACGAAAGGAGAGACCAAAGACACGAUGCAACUCAGAAAGAAGAGAGGGGUAUUUUGGCUCCCAGUGAACGUGGUGAAAGAAAGUGAAAGGGUUGAAGACCCAGACGUGUUAGCAGCUACGAGGGCUGCUAAGAAGACGGUGCCAGCAAAGGCGCUGGCAGGUGAAGGCGAGGAGCCUGGUGAAGCGGGUGACUCCGCUCAGCCGGGCCAAAGCUCAAGUGCGGGCGGCCCCGCCGAUGCGGGGAGUUCCGCUGCGAACCCUGGUGCGGGUAACUCCGCCGGUGCAGGGAGUUCUACUGACGGCCCUGGCGCGGGUGGCCCCGCCCAGAGGCUUCCGGAGAUUGGCGACGUGCCAAUGGAAGUGUCUGAGGCCACGCGGCGGCCGAAGACAAAGAAGAUCCCGGACACGGUUAGCAAAGCCGAGUUUGACGAGCAUAUGCUUACGCAUCUGCCCAUGCGAAGCUGGUGCGAUCACUGCAUGCACGGCAAGGUGCGUGAGGAUGCGCACUCAGCUCGGGAGCCCAGCGGUCGCACGUCGGAGGUGGCGCGCAUCUCCCUGGACUACUGUUUUCUGGGACGGGCCUUGAAGGGCCCAGUGAACUCCGUGGAGGAGGUCAAGGUGCCUCAGGAUGAGAAGGAUGGUCUCCUUCCCAUUCUGGUGAUCGUGGACGAAAAGUCCGGUUGUGUUUUCUCUGGUGUGGUGGCUAAGGGCGUUAACCCGUAUGCCACUGGAUUGGUGACUGAAGCGCUCAAGUUCUGCGGGCGCCAAAAGGUCAUCAUGAUGAGCGAUGCUGAGCAUAGCAUCCGGGCACUUGCUGAAAGUGCCGCCAAGUCCUGGACUGGCAGCGUGCAGCACCAGACUGCACCGAAAGGUUCUCACGCAUCUAACGGCGCGGCCGAGCGAGCCAUUUUGGAGCUGGCGCGUCAGGUGCGAACUCUUGCGAGCGCGCUGGAGAAUCGCUACAAGAAGCCCCUGGAGACUGAGGGGGUUGUCUUUCCGUGGUUGGUGCGGCACGCAGGGUGGCUCAUCUCCCGUUUCUUGGUGAAGCAGGACGGGAGAACACCUUACGAAAGGCUUCGAGGCCGGGACUUCCGCGGUGAAGUUGCUGAGUGCUGCGAGGUCGUGCACUACAAGCUUGACAAAGAGAAGACUGGCAAGCUGGACAAGCAAACGUCAGUUGGAGUUUGGCUAGGCAAGUCUCUUGCCUCCGACGAGCACUUCCUGGGCACUGCUCAGGGGAUCCGUCGGUGCAGAAGCAUCUGGCGAAGGCCAGAAGAGAAGAGGUGGGAGCUGAAACACCUCGAGGGGAUGGUUGGGCUUCCCUGGCAACCGCGCGGAGAGCCAACCACCGUGCCUUCAGACAACAAGGCCCCAGCGACUCCAGGUCGCAGGCAGCCCUCGGUGUAUAUCACCUUGGAGCGUCAGAUCAAGCACGGCAAGACACCCGGAUGUCCUGGCUGUGAGUGUGACGAUGACAACCCAAAGCGGCACAACGACGAGUGCCGUAAGAGGUUCGAGAAGUUGUACCCGAGGCAACCGGUGCCAGGAACGCCUGGUACACCAGUCCCUGGGACGCCUGCGGGACCCAUGGAGACUGAAGGAGGUCAGGCCGAGAUGCCCCAGGGCACCGGCCAAGACUUGGAGUCGGGAAGCACCGAGCCGAGUCAGCCUUCAAGGCCAAGGGCCAUGGAGGGGACCUCUGAGGCUAAGUCAGGCCAGAAGCGAGAGGUUGAGGAUGCGGGUGUCCCCGCUCCUUCAAGUGACAGCGGGCAGCGCCGCGUUACUGGAAAGAGCUCACAAGGAGCGAAGAAGCAGAAGACGCCAGAAGCAAGAGGUGAAAAGCGUCCUCUUGAGGACCAGGAGUUGAUGGGGGGACUGCCCACGCUCCACGAGAAAGGCGAGUGGGAGCCUUUGUUUGCUUACCCUCUGGACGGCAGAGUGGAGGAGCUUGGUGCCUACGACGAGCGAACAGGCCAGCCCCUUCCCGUUGACAAGGUCAAGACUGCAAGAGGGCGCGAGCUGGACAAGAUGGAGGAACACUCUGUCAAGAAGGACAUCUCUUGGGAGGAGGCGCGACGGCAGGGGCUAAAGAUAGUCCGAAGCCGGUGGGUGGAUGGUUGGAAACCAUUGCCCAAUGAUCCGAAUGGGGUGCGCAGCCGCUGCGUAGCCCAAGAGAUCAACGACCACGAGCGCGACGACGUUUUCAGUGGAACACCGCCGUUGCGGACGCACCGCAUGGUACUUUCAGCUGCAGCCACUGCAAAGACUGGCAGGACCAACCGGCGCAAGCUUAUUGCCCGGUAUGAUGUUUCUGUUGCCUUCUUUCAUGCGGUGGCCACGGGCAAAAUUGCGGUCGUCCCUCCGAAAGAUCUCGAUCAAUCGAAGCUCUGGUACUUGCUCAAAGCCAUGAAUGGCACACGUGAGGCUUCGCGACAGUGGUCAAAGCGCGUGUGUGAGGUCAUGACGGAGGCAGGUUUCUGGGAGGUUCCAGGAAUCCCUGGCCUCUUCUACCACGACGAGUGGUGUGUGACCUUGAGCUGCCACGGCGACGAUUUUAUCGCUGAGGGCGAAAGCGACGAUCUGGAUCGACUGGAUGCGCUGAUGAUGCAAUCCUUUGAGAGCAAGAUAUUGCCACGGAUUGGCCCUGAGGAGUUCGGAGGCCAGACCACGCAUGGCGAUCAUCUGCACCGCAUCAUUCGAUGGAGCGAGCGCGGGUUCACUUGGGAAGCUGAUCCUAAGUACUCGCGGCAGAUCGUUGAGGAGCUCGGGCUUACGGACGCUAAGAGCGCAGACGCCCCAUGUUCUACGGAAUGUGGGAAAGGCCGCAGGGAUCUCGAAGAUCCUUUGGACGCUGAGGCUGCAGCGAAGUUCCGGAGACUCGCUGGUACUGCGCUUUACCUGUCCCAGGAUCGCCCGACGAUCCAGUAUGCCUUGUCGGAGAUCACCUCUGGCAUGGCAAAGCCUACGGUUGAACACGAGCUCAAGCUCAAGCACCUAGGCCGUUACCUUCUGAAGUACCCGAAGGAAGUUUGGCACUACGAGUACCAGGAGCAGCCUGAGGAAGCUGUGGUGCUUACGGACUCGGACUGGGGAGCGUGCAAGCGCACGCGCAAGUCUAUGUCCAGCUACGCUGAGAGAUUUGGGAAGCAUCUCAUCGAUGCUUCGUGUGCCAAGCAAUCGGUGAUAGCGCUCAGCUCUGGAGAGGCUGAGUUUUACGCGUUGGUGCGAGGAGCUGCCGCCGGACUGCUGACAGUGCAGAUCUGGGAACGGAUUGGGUUUAAGGGUUUGAAGCUUACCCUGAGAACCGAUUCGAGCGCGGCGAAGGGAAUCGCGACACGCAAGGGCUCGGGCAAGGUGAAGCACUUGUCCAUGAAGGAGCUUUGGAUACAGGACUGUGUUCAGAGAAAGCAGCUUACGGUGCAGAAGGAACCUACGAAGAGUAACUGGGCCGACUUGGGCACGAAAGCUCUUUCAGGCUCAAGAGUGACAGAGCUAGUCAAGGGCAUGCCUCUCACAAGGGGCUUGGUCAUGGCGUGCCUGUUCGCGUCCUUUGGCGUGGCUACGGGGCAGCCGAAGGAGCGCCAGCUCGAGACUGAAGACGUUUCCUUCUUCAUCUACAUGCUGAUCAUCCAUAUCUUGGCGAUCCAGACCAUUUGGCGAUGGAUCAAGUUUGCGUUUGUGUGGUGGACCACGCCACGUGUUUCAACGAAGCCGGCCCCUACAGCUGGAGGCCGCGUGGACCGACGAGGUCUAGAGGCGAAUGCGGGUAGCCCCGUCUACGUCACCCGUAAGGGCAAGAAGUUUCAUAGGAGACACUGUAGACACCUGGGCCAAAACCCGUACACGUUGCAGAGGGCUGAGGCUACGCAAAGAGGCUUUGGUCCUUGUACAGACUGCAACCCGUGA